GAUAACAACAGUUUGGGUAUAUGCUGUUGGUAGAACUAAAUGUAAACAUCUUUUUGUUUGUAGGUUUUAUCAGAGCCAAGAUUUCGCAGUAUCGAAAAAAUCAAAACGAUCAAGAGCACUUACAUGGCCGCUGCAGGGCUCGCCCCUGAGACGGAGGUAACUCGAUCAAAACUGAUAGCCAUGAGCUAACUAGGUCGGGCAGUCAGACAGUCAACUAAACACACACACUCACUGUACUUUUUUUACCUCUUACGUCCGCACGGACAACAUACCUUAGAGAAGACAUUCGCGAUUCCGCUUAUCUAAUUUGGACUCCCCUCCCUUGCCCUUGAGGGCUCCACCCUCAGACGGAGGUAACUGAAUUAAAACUGAUCGAUAGCCAUGAGCUAACUCUCUGUCCUAAUAUGACUGUAAUUAAUUAACUAAACCUAACCCUAGCCCUGGCCACACCCCGAGCCGAGAGGGCUUGCUCAAAGGCUGUUGGACUCGUAGGCAAGGUCCUCCCUCUGGGGAAAAAAAUAAGGCUGCAACUGAGGGCAAUGUAUUCUCGCUUAGAUCGUUAGAGAUAAGUGGGAGACUCCGAUCUUGUCCGGACAAAACUUAAUUCUCCUGUGCUCCGUUUGAAUCAAUGUUCUGUACUCCUGGUUUUACAGUUAGACUUCCUAGACUCCUGAACACCCCCUCCCCCCUCUCCCUUUGCCUCCCUUACUGCAAAGGGCUAGUGUCCAUUUGUAACGCGUUCCUGCUGUUUGUUUAGUCCCAGGACUCCGAACACUGGCAGCAAGUCGUGGAAGUGGUGGACUUUGCAUUAGCGUUACGCGAAAAGCUGGAAUCUAUCAACCAAGAAUGCUUUAAUAACUUUGUUCUUAGAGUCGGUAUGUACUCAUAUAUUUUCGAAUCUUUGUUUACAUUUUUUCCGCAUUGACAUAUGCCUUGCAGUCUUUGAUCAAUCCGUUAAAACAACUUCUCUGAAAGAGUAAAACAAUUUCAGUUAUUUCAGGAAAUUUGAGCCCGAUACACCGAGCAGUUUUGGAGAAAUUACUUUUAAAAACUCGAAACUUUACAAUAAAAGUCAAAGAAUUUAUGGGCUCAUUAACGUUUUUGCCACCCGGCAAUUUCGCAAAUUUUCGAUGGCAGCCAUUUCCUUUGUUAUUGCUUGCAAAAAGCUGAAAAUUGCACAAAUUGCUGAAAUUAACCCAUUCUUUCAACGUUUGAAUUCAUCCUACAGCUACUGGCUAGGCAAACUGCUGUGAUUUACCAGUAAACGAAAGUUUUUUUCCAAAGGGUGUCGUAAAUCUAAAACCUGCACCUUAACGUUUAAAGGCGUAUUCAAGUUCAUGAGUUGCAUUACAAUUUGAUACAUUACAAGCAACAACCUCAAAAAAUCGUUGCGUACUCAAAAAGUACGCGAAAAUAAGCCGGUGGCGACGUUAGUCAUGCUUGUUGCGUGUUUGGAUAGCAUUAGUCUUGUUGCGUUUGAUGCGCUACGGCUGCUGAUCCUUUAUCAAAACAAAUGGCUACUUUCCCAAAUGUGUGCCGCAUGUAAUCAGUAGUGAUUGAUGUAUCUAAUACAAAGAAGAAAUUCCAAGCGCAAGGGAAGAGCCAUCACAAACAUAAUGUGUCUGACUUGAUUUAAAUUCUCUUCAUUUUUACCUCAGGAAUUUGCCAGGGUCCAGUGGUAGCUGGUGUCAUUGGCGCCAAAAAACCACAUUACGACAUUUGGGGGAACACAGUCAAUGUUGCAAGCAGGAUGGAGAGUACCGGAAAAGCUGGUUAUAUGCAGGUUUGUAGGCCAGAUUUAUAUGUAAGAGUAAGAUAGUGUCUUAUGACUGACUUCUAUUCAUCAGUCCCUCUCAGAGGUAUGGAAGAGAGUGAGUAAGUAGGCCUAACCCCUAGGGGUAGGGAAAAGAGCCAGGAAGUAGGCUUAACCUCUCAGGGGUAGGGAAAGGAAUGAGAAAGUAGGCCCACUCAACGGUAAAUUUUUCUAGGCGAAUAAAUCCUAAUAAACAGCAUAAUUUUUUUCUUUGUAGGUGACAGAACAGACAUACGAAAUUUUAAAGGACAAGGGUUUCAAUUUUAUUUACCGUGGACCCGUCAAAGUUAAAGGAAAAGGACAGUUAGUCACGUAUUAUCUUACAGGCAGAGAAGAAAAGAAAGACCAUCUUACCCUACCCAAUAUGGUAGGCUUUUGACGUAAAGGCGUUUACAACGGAACGACUUUGUCACUAGAUAGUUACUCUGUCUUACAUAUAUAGUAAACAAGGGUGGAAUAUCAUCCUAGAAUCCAGCAAUGAUCUUUAAAAGUUUCACAAGGGCUAUUUUCAUAGCUUCAUUAGAGAACAAAAGAAUAUCCUCUCUUGUAGGGACGGAUCCACACCUUACGAUAAGGGAGGGGCGGUCAUCCAGACCCUGAAAUAAUGGGGGGCCGAUCUCCCAAAAAUAUUUUGGUCCGAAAAUAAGGUGGGGGCGCACCCCGCAGGUCCCUGCCCUGGAUUCGCCACUGGUCAAACCUCUACUACGGGAUACCUGCCAUAACGGCCACUCUUUUUGGCGGACAGUUCAUAUAUUGACUCUUGUUUAGACCUAUCUACAACGGCCACUUUCUUCUGUUCCCAAGGUGGCCGUUGCAGAGAGGUUCAACUGUAUACUAAUCAGGCAAAAAAUGUUGUAUAGAAGGAGUUACCUCUGCAAAGAAGAAUUUAAAAUUUGAUCGUAGAAACUAGUGUGACAUCAUAACUAGACCUGAAACUGGCUAACAAGGAAUCAUUUAAGGGAGGCAGAAAGUGUUUCAAAAAUGGGAAACUUCUGUUUCCUAGUGGCGAUAUUUUUUUGAAAUAUUUUAAAAGGAGGGUUUGAGUGCAGUGAAACACUGAAGACAGGAUAAAACUUAUCUGCUUUAUCUUGCUGCCGAACACUUGAUAUCGAAACUCUUGCCAGAUGUCACUUUGUUGAUGGUACGUACCACUGGAACAACGGCAAAAUGGCACCUUUUACAAGGCCAAUAUGUCAACUAGCAAUAACUACUGUAGCUUCUUCAGAAAUAUUUUCCUUACCUAGUCUCUCAUCAGUUCGCAUGUAUCAAUUUUUUGAUAAGCCGUCACAAACUUUUACAUCACGAACACUCUUCACCAUUUAACUUGAAUUUUAAGGACCGGUAAUAUUCUUCCGAAUAAAAGUGGCCCUGAGACUGAUUCUUGUUUCAAAUGGUUGAAAUAUUGGACUUUUGUCUUAGUGCCAGCCGUUUUUAUUAUUUUUAAAAUUUUCUUUACAAACGUAAGUAAUUGUAAGUUUUGUUCCGUUCCAAACUACAUUUCUAUCUAAUAUACAGUUGUCAGUAAUGAGAGACUCGUGGCAGGGGCGACUUCAGGAAUUUAUUCAUCGAAGUUGUGCUCUAAGGCUUUUAAACCCCUUUACAACCUUACGGCUAAUCAUUUUCCCCCCAUCCCGGCCCUACACGUCAUCUUCUAGAUACCGGAACGAGGAACGCCUCAAACGUAAAAUUGAAAUGCAUUUAAGCAGUAAAUUGUAUAAACCUUUGUUAUAUCUUCUUGUCAGACGGAAGCAUUUAGGGGUUUAACCCCCCCCCCCGGGGGGGGGGCAAUCCUCCCCUUGGAUUCGCCCCUGCAAGGAAUGAUUGGCUAAUUAAAGGAAUCAGAUUUUGUGUUAUAAUAAAAGACCCUGUUAACGUUAGAAUGCACACUAUUAGCUUUAUAUUUCAUCUGCGACUCGGGUAAAAAAACGCCCUAAAUGGUCGCCAGCCUUGAAGACUUUCGACCGCAAAGUUAUUUAGAAUUUUUGUAACUGUACAUAGAAAUCCUAAAUUCUUCAAAUGAAAUAAUUGUACAUAGGAGUAAAAUAUUUUGUAUAUGAUACGUUUAUAUAAUCAACGGGCGCACGCAACCACUGCGUACCUCUGUUCUUUAAAAUAGCAGCAGGUCUGUAGAAAGUGUGAAUUGGGAAUUUUUUUAUGUAAAGCAAUCUAUAAGACAUUCUAAAGGGAACACUUGAGUCUGGUGUACAGCAACGUGGUACGUCAAACUUGCCUAGUUUCUAGGCCUCAUUGCGCGCGGCCGAUGCGUUUCGGGUCACAUGGUCCGAGGGAGUUUUUUUCGUCUCGGAUACGUCACCGAGAAUGCCUGGGAAGACGACUCACAGGGAGUAGGCAAGCGUUAAACGUCGCACGGUGUCUGUGAAACACUCAAAGAUACUUUUGGGUGUUUCGAUUUUUGCUUUACUCUCUUUUAAGUGAAAUGAGCUGGUUGAACUCCAGUAUCAUUCUGUAAUAUAAUGAAAUUUUGUGCAAUAAAAUAGUUGCAGAGGUG